ACAAUAACAGAAAGUAAACAAAAAAGGGUGUUUAUUUUCUUUAUUACUUUAAUUCCCUUCUUGCGGGGGCUUCACUUCCGUUUCCUCUUCGUCAUUGCCACACAGAACUGACUUGGUGGACUAGUGACCACACUACGAGACAAAAAAAAUGAAUAACGUUAGAUCGAUUCAGGGCUCAACUCUCCCAGCGAGCGAUUUAACCUGCUUAUUGUAACCUGCCUGUCGACGACGCUAAACUGGGCGGUGUUUAUCUCAUGUUUAGACCAGUAUGAGCAGCCUGUGUGAGUUUGCAUUCAGCGGAGUGAGAUUGCAAAGUGCGCAGAGGGUCUUAUCUCGGUAGCUAGCGUUAGCCCUGCACAGCUGUCGUCUGUGGGCCCCCCUGGCUGUAUCAUUCACGGGACAGGUACCUUUUAACUAGCUAAGACUCAGCACCAUGAAUCUGUUGCGUCUAGUGUGCCGCCACAAGACAGCCCUGGUGAUUGGCACUGUGUGCAGCUUUGCUGUAGUUUUGGUCUUCUUGGCUAAAUGUACCUCUGAAACCCUGAAACAGGGCCACCAGGAUCCUCCAGGCCUAGCCCCUCGUGCCAAUUCUUUGCAAUCCCGUCCAGAGCCGCAUAAUCCCCCCUCCACAUCCAAAGACCUGUACGCAUUCCUUGUGGUCCUCAUCACAACCGGCCCCAAGUACACAGAGCGGAGGAGUAUUAUCCGCAGCACCUGGCUGGCCAAGCGGGACUCCGAUGUUCUGGCCAUGUUUGUGGUGGGAACUCAGGGGCUUCCCAAUGAGGACCUUCAGAACCUUAACACAGAGCAAGGGCGGCACAAGGAUUUGCUGUUACUGCCUGAGUUGCGAGAUUCUUACGAGAACUUAACACUGAAGCUGCUGCACAUGUACUCCUGGCUGGACCAGAAUGUGGAGUUCAAGUUUGUCCUCAAAGCAGAUGAUGACACAUUCGCUCGCCUGGACCUCCUUAAGGAGGAGCUGAAGGGGAAAGAGCCCAACCGGUUGUACUGGGGCUUCUUCUCAGGGAGAGGCCGAGUGAAAACAGCUGGGAAGUGGCGGGAAAGCUCGUGGGAGCUCUGUGACUACUACCUGCCCUACGCACUGGGUGGGGGUUACAUCCUCUCGGCUGACCUCGUACGUUUUGUGCAUCUUAAUGUAGCCUACUUCAAGACGUGGCAGAGUGAGGAUGUGUCACUGGGCGCCUGGCUGGCUCCUGUGGAUGUUCGGCGGACACAUGACCCACGCUUUGACACGGAGUAUAAAUCGCGUGGUUGCAACAACAAAUACUUGGUGACACAUAAGCAGAGCUUGGAGGACAUGUUGGAAAAACACCAGACUCUGCAGCGUGACGGCAGGCUCUGCAAGGAGGAAGUCAAGCUGCGGUUGUCCUAUGUAUAUGACUGGGGUGUGCCACCCUCGCAGUGUUGCCAAAGGAAGGAUGGAAUUCCUUAAUUUUUGUCCAUUGUACAAGGCUGAAGUUGGCUUUUGAUUUGUAUCUUCUUAAGUCCGGAAAAAGUUGAGGCAUAAUGUUUUUCGACCAAUUCUCCAUUGUUACACCAUUUAAAGUUGUGUAACAAGUCCCAGAAAUCAUCAAAAUCUCUUAUUGCUGUUAAAAUCCUAUUUCAAGAUUUGGGGAACCAUUUUUAUAAUACCGAGAACCAAAAAAUGGUCAAUUUCACCGCUUUUUCUUUAUAUAGAUAAGAUAAGAGCAGGUCUAGCUCAAAAACACUAUAUGCUAUCAUUUUUGUCUUUUUUCACCACUUUCACCAGCUGGGUGUUAAACGGUCCAUGUUCAUUUAAAAUAGGUUUGACAAAUUUAGAUAUAUUGGGUUUUGAGCUAGAACUGGUCUAACGUGGACUGGAUCGAGGAAAAGCAAUGACAUAUCCUUUUUUCUGUCUUCACAAAGAAGAAAAUAUGUUUCACAAAUCUGAAAAUGGGCUGUAAAGGUCCCAUAUUAUGCUCAUUUUCAGGUUUAUACUUUUAUUUUUGGUGUCUACUAGAAAAUGUUUACAUCCUUUAUUGUUCAAAAAACACAUUAUUUUUCUCAUACUGUCCACUGCUUCAGCACCUCUGUUCAUCCUCUGUCCGAACACUCUGCCCCUACUCCCUGAAAGGCCACUUUCUUCUGAUAGGUCAACUUUAGGAAGCCACCAGAGGGGCAACUAGCUGGCACAGUGCUUAGACGAUGUGUCGAGUUAUGUCUGGCUAUGCGAGUAUAUGCAUCAAUGAUUACUGUACAAAAACAACUUUAUUCACUCACAAAGGCUGUGCUAGAUAGCUCCAUUCCUGAUGUCAUGCUGGGAGCCAAAUCGAAAGAGCGUGUUUGCAUACACAUUUACUGAAAGACAGAGCAGGAUUAAAAGAGAGGAUGGUUUCUUUGAACACACAGGGGACACACAUUUCUGUUGAAAAUACAUAAGAGUAUUUAGCACAAUGUGGGACCUUUUAAACAUGUUAGUCUAGUCCAGGUCUGAUUAGUCGAAAUACAGUAGUUUUGUUUUUUACUCGCCCUGGCUUAAGCUUGAUUUAUACUCAUGCAUCAGGGCUACGUGCCUAGCCAGGCAUUUAUACUUGUGCGUCUGUGUCUCUGUUGUUCUGCAAUUACGCAGACAAACGCUAGUUGGCGGUAGCGCUACAGCAUCCACUGUGUUGACUUUUGCCGGCGUGAAUGGGGGUAAAAUUGUGCGGCUGUGACUUUUCAAAUGUUACCGACCGAAUGGAUCGCAUUCUGAUAGUGAAACAAGUCACUAUUCAGAGCGCUUGAAUAGGAAGCCAACUUCAGCCUCGUGUCGUUUUUGACCCAUAAACUCCCUUGGCCUUGUUAUUCGGACCCAUGCUCAUGUCAGUGCUCUGCUUUCUCCUUUCUGUUUACCACAUCGGUGGCCUACUUCUCUCCUCUGUCUGUGCUUCUUCUGCCGCACCUCUUGCUAAAUAGUUCCACUACAAGAUAUGUUUCAAGGUUAUUUCAGUGUAGUAGAUAGUACAUGGAAACACAGACGGGAGGUUGUUACCCUGCCAUGAUGUCUACAUUUUUUGUGAAAGCAAAUUUUUUUGUACUUUAUUUAUUGUUAAUUUAUUCAGCAGCAAACACAACACACUGGUGUUGAGAUGAGACAGAAGCACACGGGGCCUGUGGUUGCUGCUUGUGAGUAGUAUUUGUAUUUAUAAACAUGUUGGGGAGAGGGGUACUUAUGAUUCACAGAAUUAAUGGACAAGAAAUGUUAAUUUUUUUAAAUGUAAAACUUGUUUACGGUCAAUGGUACACAAGGUUUCAUGUAUCUGGAGGUGCGAAGAAUGUGUAAGAGAAAAUGGUUGAAUGUGUUUUAUUCAGCAGGCCUUCUUAUUCCUUAUACUGCAACAGUCUCACUUUAAAGUUUAGGUCAUACAUACGCACAUUUACUGUGCAGAGAUACCAAGUUAUUUUAUGAAUGUUUGUUUGGAGCGCACCACAGAUUCAGAUCGAGAAACUUGAUAUAGACUAGCAGCUGGCACUUGGUCACUUUUUUAAACGCGAAACAUCAUUUUACAGUCCACCAAUCAUUAUUCAGUGAUUACUUUGUUUUCUGAUGUUAAGCUCUCCAACCUGAACUUACCCUGUGAUGUCAGUAGCUGUGUCCUAAAACUUGUGAAAUGUGUACAGCGUUGAUUAAAGGGUACGAUACGUUAGAGCACAAACGACAACAAAAGGAAAGCUGCAAAAGGAGCAACAUACGACCGAGCUCAUUUUCAGACUGCUGUUGCGUUUUUGUGAAUAAUGACAUAACCGUUCUCUCGCUGUUGUCACUAGCAGAUUCUGAUUCAAUUCAGCUUUUAAGUUUCAGUGUUUUGACGUACAUGGUCAGCCUCCCUGGAUGUUUUAUUAAACAUUUUAAAUGUA